AUGAUCGCACUGGCUAUUCCCUUCGGAAUAGUUGGAGCGUUUGGCGGAUUCAGAGGAUCUCUCCGAGAAAUCCACCAUGGCCUCCUCGCAGCUUAUUCUGGCAGAGCCCUGUCGGAUCUAAUCACGGAAUCUCUGAAGAAUCGAGUCGGUCGCCUGCGCCCAGACUUUUUGGCUCGCUGCAAGUGGGACGCCGCCACGCGGGCGUGUACAGGAAAGCUAGGGGACAUUAUCGAUGGGAGACGAUCUUUUCCAUCUGGUCAUUCAUCAACCGCCUUUGUAGGAAUGACGUUUCUAUCGUUAUUCUUGGCUGGAAAAACAGCUGCUUGGUGUUUCCACGCACCUGCUCCUCCGAGAUCUUUUCUCGGCAGCCGACUGCUGCGCUUUGUACUGUCCCUCCUCCCAAUGGCCUUUGCAAGCUGGGUGGCCGUAUCCCGAGUAGAAGACUACCGGCAUCACAAAGAAGAUGUAAUAGUCGGAAGCAUCAUUGGCAUCGUAUCAGCCAGUGUAUGCUACCUCAUCUUCUGGCCAAAUCCGUUCUCGAUUGACAGCUUUAGUAUCGAGAGUGCUGGUCGCCCCAGGGCAGUAUACCGAGAGCAUGAUUUUGGAAGAUCAAGGAACACAGGAUACGAGCUCACCGAUAUGGACCAUGAUAUAGAACCCGUGUAA